AUGAAGCAACAUCUUGCUGGCACUGUUGGUCAAAUAGCUGCUUGUAAAAAAGUUCCACAUGAUGUACGUUAUAGAAUGGCAGAGUCUUUAAAAGAAUGGUCAAAGAAGAAAACUAUUGAAAACAUAGAAGAGGAAGUCAAAGAAACUCAUGUUGAAUCACCAAAUGUUACAAGUAGUGUGAGAAAGAGGAAAGCUUUUGGGAGCAUAGACAAUUUCUUUGCUCCUAGGACAACUCCUGAUUCCCAACCUGGCAUUAAGAGUGCAUUAGCAACUAAAGAAGCAAAGCAUAAUGUGAAAAUGUUGACUGCUGAAUGGGCUAUUGUAAACUGCAUUCCGUUUAAGGCGUUUGAUUGUCCUUUGUUUCAAAAAGCUGUGGAUGGCAUUGCUUCAAUAGGGCAUGGGUUUAAAGCUCCUAGUGCUAAUGAUUUUAAAACCAACUUGUUGAGUGACUGGAGAAAAGAAUGUCAGUUACUCAUUGAUAGCCAUCAAGCUAAAUGGAAAAACAAUGGUUGCACACUCAUAGCUGAUGGAUGGACUGAUGUUAAACAGUGUACUUUGAUAAACUUCUUAGUGUAUUCUACACAUGGUAUGGUAUUUGUGAAGUCUGUUGAUACAUCAGAUCUAGUUAAAGAUGCCAAAACUCUAUUCACACUAUUCUGUGAAGUCAUUGAGUGGAUUGGUCCUAAAAAUAUUGUUCAUAUGGUGACUGACAAUGCAGCUAACUAUGUAGCAUGUGGUAGAUUGAUUAAAGAGAAGUAUAAAAGUAUUUAUUGGUCAUCUUGUGCUGCACAUUAUUUGAAUCUUGUAUUGAAAGACUUUUCAAGCAUGCCUCAUGUGUCAAACCUUGCAUCAAAGGCAUCAAAGAUAACUGUAUUUGCAUAUAAUCAUAUGGUUUUCUUAUCAUGA